AUGGUGGAAGAGUUAGCUUGUAUGUGGGGCAACCUUGCCCUUAAUGAGGAGGAAAAUGAAGGAAUUUCAGUGGCCUCAGAGGAGUUAGAUUAUAUGAUUGGUAGAGGAUCUUUGUGUUUGAUUGGUAAGAUGUUGGUUGAUCGUUUUGUUCCCAAAGACUCUAUUAGAGGUCCUUUGAUGAGAGCCUGGAAUCCUGUGGGGGAAGUGUCUUUUAAGGUAUUUGGUGGAAAUAUGUUUGUUGCUGAUUUUGAAUUGGUAGAGGAUAAGGGUAGAGUUAUGGAGGGGCGACCUUGGUUGGUGGAUGGUUCUUUGGUUUCCCUGCUGGAAUUUGAUGGUUUAACUCCCCCAGUCAAGAUGAGUUUUGAUAAGUCCCCACUCUGGAUUCGUAUGUACCACCUUCCUCUUGCUUGUAUGGAUAAAAGGUUUGGUCUUAAGAUUGGAGCUUCUGUAGGGGAGGUCAUGGAGUUAGAUGUGGACGAUGAUGAACCUGGGUGGGGUACUUUUUUACGAGCUAGAAUUUGUGUUGAUAUUACGAAACCUUUACCCAAAGGGAGGCUUCUACACUUAAAUAAUCAGUCUUUGUGGAUUGCUUUUAAAUAUGAGAAAUUACCAAAGUUUUGUUUCAAGUGUGGAAGGAUCAUUCAUGGCAAACAGGGGUGUGUUAAAGUCGGUAAUAGUAAGCAACCGUAUGCAGGGGAAGAUUCUCAAUAUGGCCCGUGGUUAAAAGUAAGCUUUCCUCCAAAGAAAGGCAAAAAUCUUCAUCAGAAGAAUGACCUUCCAAGAGAAAAGUUGUCAGGAGGACAUUGUAGUGAUGAUUCUCAACAGACUUGUUUGGGGCAGAUGGUCAAUGAAAGAGCUCUGGAUAGCACAGUUCCGAGCAAGGUUGGAGACAAGGGUAUUUUGGGUAAUGAGCUGGAGAGUCAUAAAAGUGAAGAACUUUUCGGUGGAAAGGUCAAGGGAGGAGAAAAGAAGACACUGUUUGGUAAUCAAUUAGCUGUAAAGGGAGAUUGUGGGCCUGAGGAUAAUCUGUUAGUGGAGAAAUUAGCCCAAAAGCCCAUGGAGCGAGGGGAUCCUGACCAAGGUGGUAUGGUGUGGAAUGUUCAAAAUGGGGAUGACAAGCGCUCUAGUCCGUCUUGUAAUGAAGACAAUUGUUUUUCUGGCUCUUAUCAAUUAUUUCAUGAGGACGUCAAUCCUCCAGUGUCCUGUGAUUAUUCCGGGGACAGGGAUAUUAGGAGUGAUGCUUCUAAGAAGAGGAAGACUCGUAGAUGUCCCGUACUGUUCUCUGAUACAAUUGAAAGGAGAGGAUCUGAUGUGAAGAGAAAGCUGUUAGAUGGUUGUGAGGAAGAUGCCCAGCUCAGUUCAAAAAAGGGUAAGAGUGGUGGUUUGAUGCUUCUUUGGAAUUCUAGCUGUGGAGUGGAAAUCCAGAACUAUAGCAUAAGACAUAUUAAUGCAGUAGUCCAAAGACUUCCGGAUGAUCUGAAAUGGAAAUUCACUGGUUUCUACGGCCAUCCGGAGGCUAGUAGAAGAACUGAAUCAUGGGCUUUGCUCAGACACUUAGCUUCCCUUUCCCCAGAUCCCUGGUUAUGCUUAGGGGAUUUUAACGAGAUUGUUUGUAUGGGGGAAAAAUCCAGCAAGGCAGCAAGAUCUUAUUCUCAAAUAAGGGCCUUCCAGUCUGCUUUAAGUGACAGUGGCUUGGGCGAUUUAGGAUUCAAGGGUCCUAAGUUUACUUGGUGUAACGGCAGAGAGGGCUAUGAGAAUAACAAGGAGCGGCUAGAUAGAGCAGUUGCUAAUGCCGAGUGGUGUUCUCUGUUCAAUUUGGUUAAUGUUGAAGUCCUGCCUAGGACCUGUUCUGAUCAUAGCCCUAUCUUAGUUUCUGCUUCAUCUACAAGGGAAGUGGUUUGGCCAAAAAGCAAUAUCUUUCUUUUUGAGGCUGCCUGGGCCAAAAGUAAGGAGCAGGGUGAGGUUAUAAAGAAAGUUUGGAGGGCAAAGCUUAAUUCGGAAUCUCCUUGGUUUACUGUAAUGAGGAAUUUGCAGGAAAGUAGGAAUGCUUUGAAAUUAUGGGCAAGCUCUCAGAAGAUUUCUAUGGAGCAGAAGAUUGAAACUCUACAGAAACAAAUUUCCUUGAUUCAGCUGAGGGGUGAUGGGGAUUCUCUAGUAGAAGAGAAAAGGCUUAAGGAGGAACUUAAUAAUGCCUUGGAUAUGGAAGAACUAAAAUGGAAGCAAAGGGCCAAGAUUAACUGGCUUAAGAAUGGGGAUAGAAAUUCCAAGUUUUUCCAUGCUUUUGCAAGCUACAGAAGCAAGAAGAAUUUUAUCUCUAAGGUGAAGGAUAAAAAUGGGCUUCUUUGUGUUACUAAAGGUUCAAUUGAAGAGGCGUUUGUCUCUUAUUUUAAGGAGUUGGUCUCUGCGGGUGAUCAUGUGGAGGUUGAGCCGUGUAUUAGAGCUUUAGAAUGUAAAGUUACCCCUGAGAUGAACUCAAGACUCCUCCUUCCUUUCACUAAGGAGGAUAUCAAUAUUGCCCUUUCUCAAAUGUCUCCUCCGAAGGCCCCUGGUCCUGAUGGGAUGUCUGUUUCUUUUUAUCAAGCAAACUGGAAUGUCAUUAAUGGAGAGGUCUGUGAAGCUGCCUUGCAUUUCUUGAAUACAGGUGAGUUUGACAGUGAUGUUAAUUCCACGUUUAUUGCUCUCAUCCCUAAAGUUCAUAACCCUCUAAAUGUUAUUGACUUUAGGCCCAUUAGUCUCUGUAAUGUUUUGUAUAAAUUAAUUUCAAAAGUCCUUGCUAAUCGUCUCAAACAUAUUUUACCUGAUAUCAUUUCUUGCUUUCAAAGUGUGUUUAUUCCUGGUAGGCUCAUAUCUGAUAACAUUUUAGCUGCCUAUGAAAUUAUGCACACUAUGCAGAGUAGAAUGUGGAGCAGAGAGGGUUUUAUGGGGAUUAAAUUAGAUAUGAGUAAAGCAUACGAUAGAGUGGAAUGGGUUUUUUUGAAGGCUGUUAUGCAUAAGCUGGGAUUUGAUUCUAGAUGGGUUGAUUUGGUCAUGAAAUGUGUGUCCUCUGUUAAAUAUUCUGUUUUGAUUAAUGGUAAUCCGGUUGGGGCUUUCUACCCUUCUAGGGGUCUGAGACAAGAGGACCCUAUUUCUCCUUAUUUAUUUUUGUUAUGUGCUGAAUGUUUCUCUGGUUUGCUAUGUAAUGCUGAGAAGAGGGGUAACAUUUCAGGGGUCCCUUCUUCUCCAAAAGGCCCUACUAUCAGUCAUCUUUUAUUCGCUGAUGAUUGUAUUUUAUUUUGUAAGGCAAAUAGGGUGGAAUGGAGGAGAUUAUUGAAUAUUAUCAGUGUUUAUGAGGAGGGUUCUGGUCAAAAGGUUAAUCUCAACAAGACUUCGGUGUUCUUUAGUAGAAAUACAAAGCCUAGCAGAAGACAGGAGAUUCUAUCUCUCUCGGGUUUGGCUGAAUCUCAUGGGAUUGAGUCUUAUCUUGGGCUCCCCUGUUUUGUGGACAAAUCCAGAUCUAGGGUGUUUCAGUUUAUCAAGGAGAAGGUCUGGAAAAAACUUAAUAAUUGGAGGAAUGUUUUUCUUUCUCAAGCAGGCAGGGAGGUUCUCUUAAAGGCUGUCAUUCAGGCCAUUCCUACCUAUUGUAUGUCGAUUUUCCAGCUUCCCAUCUCCUUGUGUAAAGAUAUUAAUAGUUUAAUGCAAGAAUUUUGGUGGAGACAUUUAUCUAAGUCCUCUAGAAUUAACUGGAUGAGUUGGGAUAGAAUGAGUUCUGCAAAAUCUAAAGGAGGGUUAGGUUUUAGAGAUUUGGUGAUUUUUAACCAAGCUCUCUUAGCUAAACAAGGAUGGAGGCUUAUUCAGCACCCUUCCUCCCUUGUAGCAAAAAUUUUUCAGUGUAAAUAUUACCCCUCCUCUUCUUUUUGGGAGGCUCCUUUGGGUUCUAGGGUUUCCUUUGUUUGGAGGAGUCUUUUCCAAGCCAAAGGUCUUCUGUUGAGGGGUAUUCUUUGGAGGGUAGGCAAUGGGUCUUCCAUUAGAAUUUGGAAGGAUAGAUGGCUCCCAUCAACCUCAUCUCAUCUGGUUUCUUCUCCUGUUGGUGCUUUGGGUCAAGAGGUUACUGUUUCAGAUUUGAUUGAUAGGGAGAGUGGUUGUUGGAUUCCGAGUGUUGUCACUGAGAAUUUUCAGAAGGAGGAAGCUGAAGCUAUCCUGAAUAUUCCUCUUAGCCCUAAUUUACCUCAAGAUAGGGUUAUUUGGAUAGGAUCUAAAUCUGGUUUGUUCUCGUUUAAGAGUGCUUACUAUAUAGGUAGGUCACUUAAAGAAGAAGCCAGAGGUCAAUGUUCUUAUGCUGGAAACCAGCCGGAUAUUUGGAAGGAUCUGUGGAGCCUCAAAGUUCCAGGGAAAGUCAAAAUGUUCGCUUGGAGAGCCUGUCAAAACCUUCUGCCUACAAGAGAAAAUCUAUGUAGAAGGAAGGUCAUUCAAGAUCCUUCUUGUCCUUGCUGUGGUCUUGCUGUGGAGAACAUUAUUCAUUGCCUGUGGUCAUGUCCUGCAGCAGGAGAUAAAAAGGUGGAGCUUCUGCUGGUGGUUGCUAGGAACAUUUGGUUGAGAAGGAAUUCCCUUAUUUUUCAAGGCACUUUUCUUUCUCCUCAUAGAGUCUGGGAGGAGUCUAUUUCUUUGUUGGGAGAUUUCAGAAAGUUUUCUCAUGGGGAGGAGAAUGUUGCCACUGCUUCUUCUCAGUCGGUUCAGUCUUCUCAUGAGGUUUGGUGUCCUCCUCCAGCAAACUUCAUUAAGAUUAACUGGGAUGCUUCAGUUGCUCCUAAAGGAAGUCGGGUUGGCCUUGGAUUAGUGGCAAGAGACAGUAGGGGAGAGUGUAUUUGUGCUAAAUGUGUCUGCCUCUUUGUGAAGGGGGAUCCCAGAACUGCUGAAUCCCUGGCGGCUCUUCAUGUUGUUUUCUUUGGUAAAUUUUUGAUGUUAAGGGAUGUUAUUUUUGAAGGAGACUCUUCUCAAGUGGUGACAGAAAUUAAUUCCCCUUCCCCUCAUUUGUCCUCUGCUGGCCACAUUACUGAGAGCAUUCUUCAGGAACUCAAGUUGUUCGGUUCUUCUUCUUUUGUUCAUGUUAAAAGGUCUUCGAAUGAGGUGGCUCAUAUCUUGGCUAGGGAAGCUUUGUUGAAUUCUCUUAAUGCUUGUUGGUUUUCUGAUUUUCCUUCUUGUAUUCAGGGUCAUCUGGUUAGGGAGAAGUUUUUCCCUAGAUCCCUGUUGGGAUCAUGA